AUGAAUCAGAAUGGAAGAACUCUGGAUGGCAAACCGCCAAGUAUUCUACCAGACCUCAGAGACCAACUGACUGGAAAAGAAGACUUUGAAGCAUGGCAAUUUGAAGUAUAUAACAAGCUUCGAGUCCUCUACUGUGCACCAAUGAUUGAUAUUACAAUUCCCCGACCGGCUGCAACCAGUGCCAACUAUCAACUAUGGGAAGAUUGGAGUGUUUUUAUCUCCUCCUGGUUGACUGGCCAAAUUUCACGAGAGAUAUCUACAAAAUUGCGAGGCAAGAACGCUAAGAAUUACUACGCUGACGAGACAUUCGACGAGAUUAGAAAGAUUGUAUUGGGCAAAGGAUUCAGUAAACACAAGAUUGUUGCGUCCAAGCUCUACAAGAUGCGUCGAAACCAAUACUCAACAGUCCCACAGUACAUCGAUAGCUUCAGAGAAACCUUUGACCUAGCUCAACGACUAGCAUGUGGCUAUCCAGCUUACUUUGCUGCAAUUGUCCUACUUACCAACAUACGGUCAGACUUACCGGGAUGGUGCGACAUAAUUGAGAAACAACUUGAUGGCUUUGAUAACAGCAAAUUCACUGACAGCCAAUUCUAUGAAUUAUGCAUUGAGGCCUCAGAAAAAGCCGAA